AUGAUUCCUAUUCAGUCGCGCAUACGCGAUAUGGCUAUUGCCAAAGCCCCCAUCGUCGCUCCUGUGGCAAGCACCGACCCUGCCCAGGUUAGCUUCAGUUGGAGUGGCAGUUCUUUUGAAUGCUCGCCUCUCUCCAACCCUUCAGCACCUCCUCCUACACCUACCGACUCUCUUUACGACAUCAACCCUCGCAAAUCGUCUUUCUCCAGCGAAUAUGGUAUGGGUGCAGCAUGUGCCUUCCCGUCAUGGCCGAACCGUGCAUCACUCGCCAACUCAUGCGACCUCUUCGUCAAUAACGCCUAUCUUUCCGAUGAAGACCUGCUGUGGAUGCCCGAAAACCCGAUACCAGAGGAGGAGCCCAUGCCUCAGCCGAUCACCACUGAGCAACAACUCCAGCGCAUGCGAGCCGCCGCCGAACAAGAGGACCGCGCGCGAUUCCUGGCAAAGGUGGAUGCCCAUGCACGAGCAACUCAAGCUCUUCGACAGUCAAAGACACAUGCAGUAGCGACCGAGCGCACACCUACAGCUACACCUACAACAGUCACAUCAAAGAACAACAAGAAGCGUCGGGUCGUUGCCAACAAGCGACGCGCUCACUCAUCCACUAAGGUAUCAAGCUCUUAA